CGGCAGCGGGACGGGCCCCCACCUCCUCCUCCUCCUUCUCCUCGGCCCCGGAAGAAGACUCGGAACGUCUCAGCGCAGCGUUCACUUCAAUUGUGAACUUGAUGAAUCAAGCCUCGAAGGAAUGCGAGAAGUACUAUAGCCUCACAGCAGUCUCUAGAUGCAAAGAGCACGAAAUCAAACACAUCUGCAGAUACCAUGGCAGCCAAGUAGUAGAGGUGGAGCCCUCCAAAGAAGAGAAGACUGAAGCCUCUGUAGCACCCAGUCAAGCUCAAACUUGCCAGCACCGUGCCAGAAAAGCUUCCAAAGACAUCUACAUUGAAGUUUCUCCUGGUACCUACUCUGUCACAGCAACCUCAGAGGACAUGGUGCAGCAAACCCACGUGGUAGCUGUCAGCGCAGGACAAAGCGUCGAUUUAACUUUUGUUCUAUGAUAUUUGUUGUUUCUUGGCAAUCACAGGAAUAAAAUAUGAGGCUGUUUUAAUGCAUGUAAUGAACUAUGUAUAUCUUUUUCUUGUUUGCACUUUAAUAGUAUCCUGCUCUUUGGGACUCCCAUUUUUAUGGCCUGUAUAUUUGUUUUUUUACUUAAUGCAAUUAUAUGCAGCCUACUUUGUACACAGAUUUUAUAAAUAUUUGUACAUUGUGUGCCUUAAAUCCAAUUAUGGGACUGUGUAAUUCCAGGUUCUUAUACUUUAAAGAAUUAAAUGUACAAUCAGUGGAAUAAAAUACAUAAUUUAGCCCUUGU